AUGCCUCAUCACCAGAGACGCAAGUCCGGUCACGGCCACGGCGGUGCCACCGACACCCGCAAGUCCGACUCCUCGAGACAGGUCCGUCCUACACUGUCACGCCGAUACACUCCCACAACGAUACAACGCUCGUCGAGGACUCCGCGUUACGAAUCGUCUUCAGAAGACGAAAGCUUCCCACAAUUCUGCAUGUCUUGCGAGAAGCAAUUCCUCCCUGCCAGUGACAACUUUCUCUACUGCUCUGAAAGCUGCCGCCGAUCCGACCAAUCCUCCUCGUACUCUGCAUCGUACAGCUCUUACAACGGUGCCAACGAUUACAGCCUGGCUCGCCGCCAAUCAUACUACGCUUCCGACUCCGAGCCCAAGGACAUCAUCCCCCAGGCUUCACCAUCGAGGCCCGGAUCCAUGCUUUUUGCGACGUCACCUCCCGCGACUCCCGGCACAUACUACGGAUCCAAGCCGGAGUCCGCCCUCUCCGCACUCCGUUCGCUGACGGCGAUCCACCCGCCCAGCCCACCUUCACCAACGGGAAGCACGGGCGGAUUCUGGCCCUUUGGAAAGAGCGCCGCCACAAGCCCCAGCUCGUCCUAUGCCCGCCAGCACAUGCUCAGCAUGGAAGGCGGCUACCCCUACCACAGCUCAAUCGACCGCCCGCUUCCGUCGAGGUCGUCCCGCCGCAAGAGCAGCGAGCUCGUUACUCCCAUAGUUGGCCGAUGA